AUGUCGCAAGUAGAACCAAGCAACAAUAGCGCACUGGAUAGAAAUAACAUUCCUGCAGAUUGUAAUGUAUCAAAUGAUUACAGAAACGAACAACCUCGAGGUGACAUUUGUCGUAUCGGAAUCAAAGCACCAGCAUUCUACUCCGAAAAUCGAAAACUGCGGCGACUAGUUCAGGAGUGCCAGUUAGGUGAUAGCAAGCCAACACAUUUGUUGCGCACCAUGCGAGAUUUAGCCAGCGGCGCCAUGAAUGAUGGAGCAAUAAAACAAUUGUGGCUGGAUCGUUUGCCUGAAGCAGUGCGAGCAGUCGUUUCAAUUUCGGAGGCUGACUUGGACAAAUGUGCGCAGCAGGCAGGUCUGAUGUUGGAAAUGGGAAACUACAAUUCUGUAGCUGUUAUCAACACAUCUGCACAGAAUAAUGAUCAUAUCAUGAAAGCCAUAGACGCCUUGAGUAAGCAGGUUGCGGAAUUAAAAACUGCACAAAGACGAAGCAGAACAAGAUCUCAAACUCCAGAUCGCAAGCGACAUCAUUCAACCCGUACUGAUUCACAAGUAAAACGUUAUCCUAUGUGUUACUAUCACUAUCGUUUCGGUGUGGAAGCAAAAAAAUGUUCCUUGCCGUGUAGUUUCAAUCAACAGGGAAACCAAUAA